AUGCUGAUCUCCAACCAUUCUGGUGCUACGAUCUUCACAUUGUUGGGUGUCCCUGGUCUAGAGGCCCAGCAUUUAUGGCUCUCCAUUCCCUUCUCGUCCAUGUUUGUUGCCAUCCUCAUUGGCAAUGGUGGCAUUCUUUUUCUAGUAGCAACAGAGCCCUCCCUUCAGACACCUAUGUACGCCCUCUUGGCCAUGCUGAUGGUGUCUGACUUGGUAUCUACAUUGGGUAUAAUUCCCAGGCAACUCUGCAUCUUCUGGUUUGAUGCCCAUGACAUUGGUACCAAAGGAUGUCUUGUUCAGAUGUUCUUCAUCCAUUGUGCAUCUGUGGUGCGUUCAGCCCUCCUUGUGGCGAUGGCCUUUGACCGCUAUGUGGCAGUGUGUGAGCCGCUCCGUUACAACACAAUUCUGAGCCAUACCCUGGUAGGGCAGCUGGGGUUGUUAGCCCUUGCCAAAGGAGUUGUGCUCAUCCUGCCCAUGCCCUUACUGCUCCAGAGACUGACCUUUUGCAGGACAGCCAUUCCUCAUACCUACUGUGACCACAUGGCUGUUGUGAAGAUGGCUUGUGGUUACACCAAGCCCAAUCGUGUCUAUGGAUUGUUUGUCAUUCUCCUGGUGGUUGGGUUUGAUCUCCUGCUUAUUGGGGUCUCCUACGUACUGAUCCUCCAUGCUGUGCUGCGCCUCUCAUCCCGAGAUGCCAUUCUAAAAGCACUUAAUACCUGUUCAGCUCACUUUUUUGUAAUCCUCAUCACCUACGUGCCUGCCCUUUUCUCCUCCAUAACCCACCGCAUGGGACACAUCAUCCCUCCUCAUGCACACAUUCUGCUUGCUAAUCUCUACUUACUCAUGCCCUCAUUAUUCAACCCUGUUAUCUAUGGAAUUAAGAUGAAAGAGAUCCGGAAUAAAAUAGUAAAAUGUCUGUGCAAGAGGGAUACUCUGGCUAUCAGCCCAAGACACAAAGAUGUAAGUGGAUAA